CGAGUUUCGUAUUGUGGAAUGUGGUGACGGGCCGGCAGUAGCUAUGAAGCUGCGCUAAUUAAAUGGGGAUCUGUGACUCUGUGUUUUCGAAAUGAAGAAGUUCACCUUCAAGGGCGUGUUGGAUGGAUUUCGGUCGUCAGUUAGCCAGCAGACUAGAGCUGACCAAGAAAUUGUGGAAACACUACGACCUGAUAAUUUUCAAGUUGCAAAGACCUUCCGACAUGGCUUCCCAUACCAACCAACGGCGCUGGCGUUCGACCCCAUACAACACCUACUGGCUAUAGGAACCAAAACCGGCUCGCUCAGAAUCCUCGGCAGGCCGGGGGUGGACGCGCACGUGCGGCACGAGUCGGAUGCAGCCGUGCUGCAGAUCCAGUUCUUGGUGAACGAGGGCGCGCUCGUCACCGCCACCUCGGACGACAGUCUGCACCUGUGGAACUUCCGUCAGAAGAGGCCGGAGGUCGUACACAGCCUCAAGUUCCAGCGAGAGAGGAUCACCUACAUCCACUUGCCUCUGCAGAGCAAAUGGCUGUACGUAGGCACCGAGCGUGGGAACAUUCACGUUGUAAACAUAGAAUCCUUCGUUCUGUCGGGAUACGUCAUCAACUGGAAUAAAGCAAUCGAAGUGUCCAGAAAGACGCAUCCAGGCCCAGUCGUACACCUCAGCGAUAACCCGCUCGACGCAAGUAAGCUUUUGAUAGGCUUUGAAUCGGGCCAGAUAGUCCUGUGGGACUUACGGACGAGGACAGCAGAUAUACGGUGUCAGACUUCGGAGCCACUGAAGUCAAUAACGUGGCACCAUGAAGGAAAACAAUUCAUGUGCAGCCAUACGGAUGGUUCACUCACCACUUGGGCAACGAGGCAAGCACCGAAACCAGUCAGUGUUUCACAACCGCACGCUAAGACAAACAAGGAUGGAAAACUGGAAUCUUGUAAACCUAUCCAGAAAGUGGAGUGGAAAACAUCCAGAACAGGGGAAAGUUACAUCAUAUUUUCUGGAGGUCUCACAUAUGAUAAGGCAGGAAGGUCUCCAAGUAUAACUGUUAUCCAUGGAAAGACAACAACAGUACUGGAGAUGGAACAUAAUGUUGUGGACUUCAUCACAUUAUGUGAAAGUCCAUGGACAAGUGAUUUCCAAGAGCCUUACGCCAUUGUGGUACUGUUGAACAAUGACCUGGUUGUAAUUGAUCUUCUUACAACUGGCUACCCUUGUUUCGAAAACCCAUAUCCUAUGGACAUUCAUGAAUCCCCUGUUACAUGUUGCUCUUAUUUUGCGGAUUGCCCUUCUGAUCUGAUACCAGCCUUUUAUUCUGUUGGUGCUCGUGCUAAGAAUCGAACAGGAUUUAGUGAGAAGGAGUGGCCCUUGAGUGGUGGGGAGUGGAGCACAACUUCAUGCAGCUAUUAUGAAAUUAUUUUAACAGGUCAUGCGGAUGGAAGCAUAAAAUUCUGGGAUGCAUCAGCAGGGACGCUUCAAGUACUUUACAAAUUGAAAACAGCUAAGGUGUUUGAAAAACCAAAAUCUAAAAGUGUUGAUGGAGCAGAUGACGAUCCCUUUGCAAUCCAACUUAUUUCAUUAUGCCCUGAAAGCAGGAAGCUUUGUGUAGCAGGGGCAAGCAGCCAUGUGGUUCUGUUCAAGUUCCGUAAACAAGAAUCUGUUUCUGAAACAUGUGCACUUGAAAUACCAAUUGUGUAUGAUGCUGCAGAAGAAGAAGAUUGCUCUCCAGAGUAUGAAUACCCUCCGCGACCAAGUCUGACUUCAAAACACGAAUCCACAGACAGUGACAAUAAGAAGGGUUCUUCGGGCUCAUCUACUGAAUUUGCUACACCUUUGAAAGUGCGCCAAGGCCCACAGAAGAAACCACCUGGCUUCCAAGCACACCUAGUGUGCCUUACCCCCUGUGUCAAUGGUGAACAACCAGGCCAAAUUACCUCACUUAGCAUCAAUUCAUCUUAUGGUCUGAUGGCUUAUGGGACUGAAACAGGGAUUGUUAUCAUUGACAUUGUUCAGAAAACAUGCCUUCUAAAUAUGGCUUCACCAGAUCUAUAUGGCUCAGCAGAUCCUUACCAGAGAGUGCCCAGAUCACCAAAACGAAACCCUGGUGAAAGCAAUUCUCGUGAAGCAGAUGAAAGAUGUCGAUCUCCCAGCACAGACCAGGUGACCUCAUCUAGAAACACAGGAAAAUGUGUUGAACCUUCUGUGCUCCCAGUAGAUGCUGCCAUUUCCCUGUCCAGUCCUAUCUGCAAAGUAGCAGAUGACUGUGAUGUGGUAGAUAAUGGAGGCACUGCUUUUGGUGAGGAGAAGGAGGAGGAGGAACAGGAGAAAGAGAAGGUUGAGGAGCAGGAAAAGAGAGAGGAAGACAAGAAACAUUUGGUUCCUGGUGGAUACUGUUCUGAUUCAUCAUCUAAUAUUGUUACUCCUGAUGCUGACCACAGUGAAGAAGCAGGGGAGUGUUCUGGCAGUGAAAUGAAAGAAGCAGCUUCACCAGCUGAACAAGGUUCUGGAAGUGGAAAUUUUCAAACAUGCAGUGAACAAGGGAGGCGGAAGAGCCAUUCUUGGAAAAAUUUUAGCUUGAAGAAGCAGCUUAGUAGAGUGGACCAAAAAUUUAAAAAUACUUUCUCUGUAAUGCCACCACUUACAUCAGAAAAUAACCAAAACAGCAAUAAAGAAAAGAGGUCAGCAGUAUUUUACUGUUCAUCAUCAUCAGAAGUUUUACAGAUACCCUCACUUCCCUCAACAGAACCUUCUCCAAUUGAGCCUUCUAAGGAAAAUACCGUAUUGUCUGAAGGCUCAAAAGUGUCAACAAAAUUUUGCGAUGAACAUUGUGUAACCAGUAAUCUAAGUGAAGGUUCUGAUGAACAGCCUUUACCUGUUAAUCAAGAACUUUGCACACAAAUAGUGAUUAAGUCCCCAGAGGACAACCACUUUCAGUCAACAGAAGAAAUAGUUACAAAAAGUCUGGAAACUAAAGAUGUUCAUUGUAGUGAAAAUUUGUUUGACAGUAUUAAAAGCAAUGAAAGUCAAGAUGGAAUAUCAAAUGAUAGCCAUGUAAUUGAAGAUAAAGUUGUCACAAAACUCAGCAGACCAGUAGAUCUACCACUGUUUGAUUCAGAUGGAAAACCUAUCAGGCCCCCGCGAAAAGACAGCAAGAAAAAAUCUGUUGACAAACAUGAAGGCCACUUUCUGUCAGUUCCAAACAUCAGAGUGCACAAGGCUGAUCAUUCUCUCCAUGACCUGAGGCACAAGGACGAUGCUGGCACAAACCAACCUUCACUUGGAAAUCUGAUGCGCCGUUUCAAUAAACUUGACAGUUCAUUUUCAAGAUCAAGAAGUUCGAGCAUGUCCAGCUUAGAAAAUAUAAGUUCUGAAGCAAUACAUUGUCUAGCAUUUGCAGACUCGUACACAAAAAAGUCUGAUCCGACGACGUCUCCCACACUAUGGGUUGGCACAAGUCUAGGAUCUGUUCUGACUAUAACAAUUAAUCUUCCACCUGCAGGAGAGACAAGACUUACACAGCCUGUUAUUGUCAGCCCUUGCGGCACAAUUUUUCGGCUUAAGGGAUGUAUUCUAACGAUGUCAUUUUUGGACUGUAAUGGUGCACUUAUACCAUAUUCAUAUGAAGCAUGGCGCGACGAGAAUAAAGAUGGGCGAGAAAAAAUAAAAACGCCUACAAAAUCCUCAUCUAACAAUAGAAUGUCUCCAACACUUGGUGGACAGCAGGACCAGUUUGGUGAUCGUCAGUUUGUUGUGCUAACUUCAGAGAAGCAGGCCAGAGUUGUUGCACUUCCUUCUCAUAAUUGUGUUUAUAGACAACAACUUGCUGAAACAGAUUUUGUGGUUAAGGCUGAAAUAAUUUCACUGAAAGAUAGUGUGUGCUUAGUGUGCUAUAUUUCAAAUGGCCAUAUUACUGCCUGCAGCCUACCCAGUUUAAGGCCACUUAUUGAUAUUGAAUUUCUACCUUUGCCUGAUCUGAGUUUUCAGACAACCAAACAGGGCAUUGUAGACCCUAUGUUAUCCAUUUGGGGCCAACAGAUGUUUGUUAAUGAAGACACAGACCAGAUAGCAAGGACUUUCUGCUUUAGUAAUCGUGGCCACGGUCUUUAUCUGUGCUCUCCUUCAGAAGUACAGAAAUUUACUGUUUCAUCAGAGUUUUGUGCAAGCUUAGCUGAAAUGGUAGGAGAUUUAUUUCUCCCUCAUGACAUGCCAGAACCACCCAAAGAGAGCUUUUUCAAAGGCCUUUUUGGUGGUGGCUCACGUUCUUUGGACAGAGAAGAGUUAUUUGGUGAAGCAAGUGGCAGAGCUUCUCGUAGUGUGGCCAAGCACAUUCCGGGACCUUCUGCUAACAUACAAGAAAUGGGUCAACGAGUUGGGACUGUGACUGGCGAAAUAAGUCGAGCCCAUCAGUUGAUGGUGGAACGAGGAGAUAAGCUAUCCCAGUUAGAGGAGAAGUCAGCACGAAUGAUGUCAGAAGCUGAGAACUUUUCACAGUCAGCACAUAAUUUGAUGCUCAAAUAUAAAGACAAAAAAUGGUAUCAGCUGUGAAAUAAUGGGGCACAAAAGUGGUGAAAAUUUUUAAGACUUUCUCCAAAGUCACUUGAAGAAAUUGUUCUACCAAAGCAGCAUAAAAAUGUGGAAUUUGUAAGUAGUUUGUAAAUAUGUUUUGCAUAAUGUUUUGUGAAAAACUUAAAUACCUCUUAAGGAUAUUCAAACAUAUGCCUUGCGUGGUAGUAUCAGAUUUUAGGAUGGUUUUCACAUUACAUUCAGAAGUAUUUAAACUCUUUUAAACAGUUAAACUUAGCUCUGCAAUAGAAUGUUUGAUUCGAUUGAUUAAAAGUCAAGGAAUUUAAUAAUCUGUGACAUAGAUCUCUAUCAGGCCACAGAAGUAAUUGCAGUUGUGAAAGAAAGAAUUAAUGUCACUGUUAAAAAGGACGUGAACAUUGUUACAUACCAUAAUUUACUAUGUAAAAAGUGAAAUGCAAUAUUUUAAACUGUUUCAUGCCUUUUGUUCACUUUUUACUUUCUUCCACAAUCCUGUCCCUGAUCCUGUAUCCCAAAAUACCAUAAACUAGUGCAUCAGAGUUGAUCCAAAGCAAGCAAAAAUUGUUAUGUUAGGAUGUUAUAUUCACUACAAAGAAAUUUUAAAAUGUACAGUAAUGUGGUACAAAUUCUAUCGUUAUUUUUGAAAGAAAGAUAGUACAUGAAUGUCAGGUUUAAGAGAAAAAAAAUAACAGAAAAAGACUAACAAAUAAAAUAAAAUAUUCUUCCGUUUACAUUGAACCAAAAUUGGAAACAAAUGUUGAAUGUGGUCAGGGAUUGAUGUGUACAAUGCCAGUUUUAUAAUUGUUAGUGUAUUGCAUUUCAGUUAAUAAGGUAUACAUAUUACUUUAGAGCAUGGUAUUGGUUACCUGGUUAAUGGUGUAUACAUGUGACAACAAUGUGAUAUCUACUUCAACCAUUAUUCAAAGAUAAAAGUCCCGCAGGCGGGCUGUUGUGAAUGUCCUGUCACAGAAGUGUGUGGGGCCAAAUACCACAAACUAUGUGGCUUUGUGCCAGCUUGUAAAUACUUCAGUGUGCUGAUUGUUAGAAUAAAAUGUAUUUAUUUAUAUCUGAAUGUGAGAAGUAACAUUUGUGUGUGACUGAUAGUGUGAUUUUGGAACUGUACAUAUACUCAAAGGGUUGAAAAUGCAUGUAUAUGUGUGUAUGUGUGUGUUGAGGAGAGGGGACAAGAGAGAGAGAGAGAGAGAGAGAGAGAGAGAGAGAGAGAGAGAGAGAGAGAGAGAGAGAGAGAGA